GUAUUACAAAUUUUACUCAAAAUUUAUCCUGACACAAUAUUACUUCGCGACAACAGAGGCGAAACGCCAACAGAAUACCUAAUUUGAUCAUUCGACGACAAAAUGUGAGUAUAACUAUGCUAAUACCACUUUCUACAUUUCCCAAUAAAGGCACCAUACCUAAGUGAUUUCCCAAUUAUAGGUAUAGCACGGGACACUAAAAAGAAAAAGUCGUAAAUACUAAAUUUACAAAACCGGUAAAACUCAUAACCUUAUCCAUCGACGCCAUUAUGAAAAUUUAAAAAAAGUUGCUCGAUCAAAGCGCGCAAUGGAACGUACGCAUGCGUAGAUAUGUUAGGUUCUUUACAGUGGAAGAAAGUAGGUUCAUAUAAAAUGGCUUGCGACUCUGUGGCUCGCUUAGUUUAACCUUGAGAAGGACCGAGAAAGCAUCGCGCGCGGUCCAAAAUGGCGGCGAAAAGUUUAAUUUUAAUUUUAUUCGUAGUUUUUUGUAGGGUCGGAAGUGCAAGUUUGCUAGAAAGAUCCUAUGACUUUGUUAUGGGUUUGGGGAAGAAUUUGGCGCCCAGUUUUAUGUCUAUUUUUGACUGUUUGGGAGAAGAUGAUGCUUGGAAUUGUGCGAAGCUUAAGGCGGGAAAGAUUUUGGACUCUUGGGAUGAAGAGGUUGAUAAACAGAGGAGGAGUUGGCAAGCGGCGGCAGAUGCUGAGGCCAGUUCAUCCGGCAGGUCCAUGGAGGAAUUACCCUCUAAACUAGGGAAAGAGGUAGAGGACUCUCUUACCUCUUUAGCGGAUAUCGUGCAACAUGGUGUGGCUAGAGCGAUGUCCAGAAAACAUGAUCACGAGGGCGGCGGCAUCGAUAGCAUAACCAUCUCCACCGGCGGGCAAGACAAAAAGAAGAAGAUGAAAAAGAAAAAGCAAAAGCCCCCAAAGAUCCACCUAGUCCACCCCAUGAUGAUGCAAGAGAUGGAGCCGAAAGGUCGGGCGUUCGGACGGACGCAGUCCUGGGUCAUUGGAGAGAAUGCCACAAGGAAGGGCAGGGGAAUGGUGGAAGAUUUCUUGAGCAUGGGGCAUAAGGCGUUGGAUGCCGUGGCCGAGCAUGCCGUGAAAAGUGAUGAGGUUGAAGAUGGAAUUGCGGAUAAGAGUGGCAUUGAAGAGCAAAGAGGCAAAAAGAAGAAGAAGAAGAAGGCCAUCCUGAAGCUACUGAUCCUUGGAGCCGUGCUGAAAGCCAAGAUCGGGACACUGCUGCAAAUUCUGUCGUUCAAGUUGCAGGUUAAAUUCUUCAUCCUUGCGCUGAUCGGUCUGGGUAUCAACCUGGCGCGAUUCUGGAUCGACGUGAAGAAACAGCAUCAACCUCCGCAGAAGGUGAUAUACUAUGAGCAUGCGCAGCAUCAGCACCACUAUGAUCACGAGGAGGAGCCAGCUGGCUGGGGCCCGUGGUCCCGCACCUCGGACCCUGUUGAUGAUUCCGAUUUGGAUGACAACAGUCCGUACAGAGCGCAGGAGAAACCAUCGACAUAUAUCCGACCUCAUCUCACCCGGGUCUAGGCGUAUGCUUGUCUUUUUCCCUCUAGUCCCAGUAGGUUCGUUGUUCGGUAUUUUGUAACUUACGGUGUAUUCCCAUUCGUCCCCAGCAGGCACAGAUGGGAAUAAGGGCAUUUAUAUGAAUCAUUUCCAUCUGUCCCCGCCUCAUGUAUGGCUGCGGUAACGUGGUGCGGGGACUAAUGAGAAUACACCGAACUUAUCCUUGUUUGAUAUGAGGUUUGGGAUAUUUCGUCCAUUGGAUAAAACGGGAAAAAAUCCCCUUAUAAAGUUGACCGACAACUUUAUGUAGUAAACAAUUUCGUAAUUAUCCCAAACUUUUAAUUUGAAAAGGGUCAGUAACCAAAAGACAACAGAAAUACUGAGAUUACAGGUCUAUCUACAGUCACUUUAGGUUUUAAGAUUAGAGUACCUUAAAUAAAUAAAUAGGGUAAUUUAAAAAUAUAACGGUACUAAUAACAUUCUCAGGUAUAUUAAUCAAGUUUACCAAAAAGAGAAUCCGCUUUAUAGUUAUAGUUUAAAUGUACCGGCCAAUGUAAAAUGAGUAAUUUUCUGAUGUUGCACACCAGGUUUUACGUUUAUUUCAAUAUCUACAUUUGGUAAAGAUCAAAUAAAAUGAUGUUUUUUUUUUCAUGACAAAAUUGAAUACUUCUAUUUAAGAUCAAGUUUUUGCAAUAGCAAAUGAUUAUGGUUUAAACAUACGGUCCUAUAGCUAAGUAGGUACAUACGUCUUUAUGUUCGAUCUUGCCUCAUGUUGUUGUAACUUUGUGCCGUGUUUUGUUUUUACCGUCAUGCGCUCCCAUCUAUUUAUUUUAGUUUAAAUUAUUUAUUUUGACCUAAGUUAUUUAUUAUUACUUUAAG